AUGGGUCUUUUGGCUGUAUUUCUCCUAUGGUUACUUUCAUUAUCAAGAGCAAAAGCCUCAAACAACAUUGGUGUAAACUAUGGCCAACUUGGAAACAAUCUACCUUCUCCAUACCUCUCCAUAGAGCUACUAACAAAAAUGAAAGCUAGACAUGUGAAGCUCUAUGAUGCCAACCCUGACAUUCUAAACCUUCUAUCAAAUAGAAAGAUUCACGUCUCAGUUAUGGUCCCAAACAAUGAAAUCUCAAACAUUGCCGUGAACCGAAGAGCAGCGGAAGAAUGGGUGAGGAACAAUGUCCUACCUUACCUUCCCAAAACCAAGAUUCGCUACCUCCUCGUCGGCAACGAGGUGCUAAGCUCCUACUCGGAACAAGGCCGGAAAAUGUGGCGCGAUCUUGUGCCAGCAAUGCAAAUGAUCAAGAGAUCCCUCAAGGCUCUAAACAUCUCAUCCAUCAAAGUUGGCACCCCGUUGGCAAUGGAUGUGUUGGAAUCAACCUUCCCACCAUCAAGAGGGAUGUUCCGAUAUGAGAUAAGAGACAAUGUGAUCAUACCAAUGCUUAACUUCUUAAACAGAACCAAGUCAUUUUUCUUCAUUGAUGUGUAUCCAUAUUUUCCAUGGUCACAAAACCCUUAUAACAUUAGCCUUGACUUUGCUCUAUUCAGAGGAGGCUUAAGCACAAGAGAUCCUGGCAGUGCCUUAGUCUACACCAAUUUGUUAGACCAAAUGCUAGAUUCUGUCAUAUUUGCUAUGUCCAAACUCGGCUUCUCCAAUAUCCCACUCGCCAUAUCCGAAACAGGAUGGCCUAAUGCCGGUGACAUCGAUGAGCCUGGGGCAAACAUAUUCAAUGCAGCCACAUAUAACCGCAAUUUGAUCCAAAGAAUGACAACAAAUCCACCUCUUGGCACCCCAGCUAGGCCUGGAGUUCCAAUCCCAACUUACAUCUUUUCAUUGUUCAACGAAAAUCAAAAGCCUGGUCCAGGGACAGAGCGACACUGGGGCUUGUUACACCCGGAUGGCACGCCAGUCUAUCAAAUAGACCUGACAGGAAAGUCGGCUGCGGCCGACUUUGGGCCAUUGCCAGCUCCAAAGAACAAUGUGCCUUACAAAGGGAGGGUGUGGUGUGUGGCAGUGAAAGGAGCAAAUGCAAUGGAAUUGGAAGCUGCAUUGACAUAUACUUGCAACCAAAGUAAUGUGAAUUGUGAUGGUCUUGCACCAGGAAGAGAGUGCUAUGAGCCUGUUUCCAUUGCUGCUCAUGCCAGCUAUGUAUUUAGCUCUUACUGGUCCAAGUUUAGAAGUCAAGGAGCCACUUGCUAUUUCAAUGGACUUGCUCAACAAACAACUUCCAAUCCUAGUCGAGGUCCAUGCAAGUUCCCAAGUGUGACUCUUUGA